GGGUUUGGGGAAGAUGACGUGGCGUCAUACUUUUGUAAGACACUCGGCCUUCACCCGCCAGAAUACUCUCACAAUCUCCUUCUAGCUUCCAAGGCACGGAGCCCGCCGGCGAUCUUCGACGAAGACGAGCUUAACGAACUUGGUUGAACGGUGAACUUCACAGUAUAGUGGUGUUUUUGCCUUUUGCACUCCGCCGUGGACUCCACAAUGGCGGAUAUUAGGAAAUGGUUCAUGAAAGCACACGACAAAGACAAUGGCAGUGCGUUGAAGCAUGCAAAGCCUGCUGCAAGCAAUUCAGAGAAAGCUGCUACAGCCGAACCACAGUCCGGAAAAACAGGGCUGAGUGGUGGGGAAAGUACUGGCAGAAGGAUAACUAGUAAGUACUUUGCCUCAGAAAAGCAGAAGUCCAAGGACGCAAAAGAAAUAGAGGGACUCCCGAUCAAAAGAAAGUCUCCACAGGAUGCGAAGGAAUCACCAGCCAAAAGAAAGUCUCAAAAAGAUAGUGAGGAAUCACCGAAAGCUCCACCUUCAAAAAAAUUAAACAAAACUGAUGACAACGACGAUGAUUUUGUUUUGUCUAGUUCUAGAAAGAACUUGUCUGACGUCACUCCCAACAAAAAGUUGAAGAGUGGUUCUGGAAAGGGAAUUACUCAGAAACCUGUAGAGAUUGAAGAAAGUGAUGACGAGGAAGCUAAAGGUACCGAGUCUUCUCUGAAGCCUAGUGGAAGGGGUAGGGGGGCAAGGGGUUCAUCUGCUGCAACUGUUAGUGGUAGAGGCAGAGGCGGUGGACGGGGUGGAUUUAUGAAUUUUGGGGAAAGGAAAGAUCCUCCACACAAAGGAGAAAAGGAAGUCCCUGAAGGCGCUCCUGACUGUUUAGCUGGACUAACUUUUGUAAUUAGUGGAACCCUUGACAGUUUGGAACGAGAAGAAGCAGAAGAUUUGAUUAAACGCCAUGGUGGACGCAUAACUGGAUCUAUCAGCAAAAAAACAAAUUAUCUACUAUGUGAUGAAGAUAUUGGGGGUCGAAAAUCUUCCAAAGCUAAAGAGCUGGGAACUGCUUUUCUCACUGAGGAUGGCUUAUUUGACAUGAUCCGUGCAUCAUCCGACACUAAAGCUCCUCCAAGACAAGAAUCUAAAAAAUCUGUUGUUAAGUCCUUGGAAUCUCCAACAGAGAAAAACUCCCAAAAAGUACCAGCAGUACAAGCAAAGACGCGCAAAGAUUUUACUGCUGGUGCUUCACCUGCUAAGCAAAAAAGUCGAACAGUUGAAUUUUCUUCCCUAACAUGGACUGAAAAAUAUAGGCCAAAGGUUUCAAACGACAUUAUAGGAAACCAGUCACUGGUCAAACAACUUCAUGAUUGGUUGGCACAUUGGAACGAGAACUUUUUUGAUGCUCAAAGCAAAAAGAAGGGUAAAAAGCUCAAUGAUUCCAGUGCUAAAAAAGCUGUCUUAUUAUGUGGAGGUCCUGGCAUAGGUAAAACUACGUCGGCUAAGUUGGUUAGCCAGAUGCUUGGAUAUCAGGCUAUAGAGGUAAAUGCCAGUGACAAUCGGGGUAAAUCAGAUGCAAAAAUUCAAAAGGGAAUUAGUGGAAGCAAUGCGAAUUCCAUAAAGGAGCUCAUCAGCAAUGAAUCUCUGCAUUUCAGAACGAAUCAGCCAAAACGUCCCAAAACUGUGUUGAUUAUGGAUGAGGUAGAUGGAAUGUCUGCUGGAGAUAGGGGUGGAGUUGCUGAUCUGAUUGCGAGUAUUAAAACCUCCAAAAUUCCAAUUAUCUGCAUCUGUAAUGACCGUUACAGCCAGAAGCUGAAAAGCCUUGUGAACUACUGUCUGAUUCUCAGCUUUAGAAAGCCUACAAAACAACAGAUGGCAAAAAGAUUCAUGCAAGUUGCAAAUGCAGAGGGCCUUCAAGUUAAUGAGAUUGCUCUUGAGGAACUUGCGGAAAGAGUUAAUGGGGAUAUGCGCAUGGCACUAAAUCAGUUGCAGUACAUGAGUCUGUCAAUGCCAGUUAUUAAAUAUGAUGAUAUUCGCCAACGACUUCUGAGCAGUAUGAAAGAUGAAGACAUCUCACCAUUCACUGCCGUUGAUAAGCUGUUUGGUUUUAAUUCUGGGAAGUUAAGGAUGGACGAAUGGGUAAAUCUCAGCAUGAGUGAUCCUGAUCUAGUCCCUCUUCUUAUUCAGGAAAAUUAUAUUAAUUAUAGGCCAAGUUCUGUUAGUAAGGAUGACAAUGGGAUCAAACGGAUGGAUUUGAUUGCUCGUGCAGCUGAAUCUAUUGCAGAUGGGGAUAUAAUCAAUGUACAGAUUCGAAGGCAUCGGCAGUGGCAACUCUCUCAAAGUAGUUCUAUUGCUUCUUGUAUAAUCCCAGCUUCAUUACUGCACGGGCAAAGAGAAACACUUGAACAGGGAGAGCGUAAUUUUAAUAGAUUUAGUGCAUGGCUGGGAAAAAAUUCGACAUUUGGAAAAAAUAUGAGGCUUUUGGAGGAUUUGCAUGUUCACAUUCUUGCUUCUCGUGAAUCCUGUUCAGGGAGACAACACCUACGAGUUGAGAACCUUACUCUAUUUCUAAAGAGGUUGACUGAGCCACUGCACACUCUGCCGAAGGAUGAAGCUGUUAAAAUGGUUGUAGAAUUAAUGAGUCUAUAUUCAAUUAGUCAAGAGGAUUUUGAUACUGUUGUGGAGUUGUCAAAAUUUCAGGGUCGUAAGAAUCCGUUGGAUGGUGUAGCCCCUGCUGUCAAAGCUGCUCUAACAAAGGCAUACAAAGAAGUAAGCAAGACACACAUGGUGCGGGCUGCAGAUCUUAUUACACUUACUGGAAUUAAAAAGGCCCCCAAGAAGCGAAUUGCAGCAAUUCUAGAACCGGCUGAGGAUACAAUUGAGGGUGCUGGUGGAGACACAUUGGCCGAAAGUGACGAUGAGGACGCUUUGGACAACGAGGGCGCGGAAGACUCCACAAACGGUGAGAAGCUGCAACUGGAACUUCAAAGCUUGAAUAAGAAAGGAAUGCAAGUGCAAUUGGAUUUGAAGGGCGUGGAUAAUUCAAGCGCCAAGAAAUCCGGUGGCAGAGGAAAAGGUGGCCGUAGUAGUUCGCAGGCUUCAGAGAAGAAAGGAGGGGGGCGAGGGCGAGGUUCGGGAUCUGCCACCAAGAGGAAAAGAUAAAAGUAGACGAUUCUAGAAAUUCUGGUAGCGUUAUGACGAUGACCUGUGUAGUGUUUUUCCUUGGUCCCAUCACAUGCAUGCAAAAGUUUGCUGGUUAAUGAGUGGUUUGAACUGCUAGAGGAAAAUACAUAGCCAUGUAUUUACUACAUGGGCCUUCCUUUUUGCUGUCUAACAGAAACAAGCUUUUGUCUCAACCAUUUUGGUAUGCAAUAGGAAUUCAGAUCGAAUCCUCGUCGUGGAGUGGGUGAAACAUUUUGGAAUGUUGGUUCACCAGAAGAAUCAGAUUAAUUUUCUCCCUACUAUGAUUUUUUUUUUUCUUUUGAUAACCUGAAUGUUAGAGGUGCACUGUUUUCAUGAAGUAGCUUAGCCUAACCAAAGUCAGCUUGACUAUAAGAAUUUUUAAGUCAUUGAUUUUGAA